CCACCUCCUGCCCAGAUGAAGCCGCCCCCCUCUAAUUUGCUCUCUGCGUUGAACUGCCCAUCGCUUGGCGGUCCCCACCCUUCUGCACCUCACACACGCCCUCAAGACCCCACCCAAAGCAGUGACUGGUCAUUGCAGAAAGAGGAGGAAUGGGGGGGCAUUAGAUUGUCAGAUGUUCUGCAGGCCUCAGGGGUGCGGAUCAGGCCCAUCCGGAAACACUUGGCCAUCUCCCUGCCCUCUCUGCCUCUAGACUUCUGGGGGCUUUUGGGUGAGGAUAGAGAGAUGUCCCAGCAGCAGCAGCCCCCACCUCCACCUUCCUCCUCUCCUUCUUCCUCCCCUGCCCCACCACUGUGGAGGAGCACCUCUCAUAGCCCAGACUGGAGCUCCCAUCCAAGGGUAGCAUCCAACCCACAGUCUGCAUCUUCCCAGCCUGAGACAGGACAGGAGCAUCCCCGAGCCCCGAUAUGGCAGCCCUUACGCAACCCACCCUUACCCCACUCGUCUGUUCCAUCCCACUCUAGCUCCAGGCAGGCCCCUGCUGCUGCUCCAGCUCGUCAUUGGUCUUCUUGGAGCCUGGACCGCCCUGAUGCUGUGGUCACUCCCCAUGAGACACCACCAGAUCAGAGCCACCUCGUCACAUCCUCUCAACACUCUCCUGGAUGGCACAUUCCUCCAUGCAGCCCCCCACUGAGGAACAAGAGCAUCCUCAAGCACCCUUUCUCCCAGCGGGACCUAAACCUGGAGGCUGAAGACCAGGAGCUUUCUGAGCUGGACUCACUGUACCAGGCCAGUCUGCAGGCAGGCCAUGGCCCGAGCCGAGCCCUGCAGAGAGCCAGCUCUCCAGCCUCAGGGAAACCAGUUCCUCCUGCGGCGCGGAAGCUGCUCUCUGGGGUGGGGCGCUCGCGGACCCCCACAGCUGAGCUGGAGAGAACUGCAUUUGGACCACCAGGCUGUCGCAGUCCCACUGCACACCUGAAUAUGCCACCCUCAGUGGCAGAUCAGGAGCAGUAUGAUGCUGACCACCUGCGCCACAUUGCUCGUAGCCUGAGCGGGACCACCAUUGGACGACGGCAGGACCGCCUUGCUGUCUCCCGCAGCUUUGACGUGUCCAGAGGGUCCCCGAGCUUCUGGCUGUGUUUGACCGGCGUCAAGCUCUCUCCGGCAGGCAGCGCUACGGUCCAUCACUGAACCGUGGCAGCCAAAUGUCACGGGUGUCCUGGGCCACGACAUCCUUGGGGGCCAGACUUCUUCGCCCCUGGGACAGUCUAUCAGCACUGGACUGGCCAACGACGGGAACGGGACAGGCCAAGUCCUCCAGGACUGAAGCUCCUCCCCAGCCGCAUCUACACCAUCCCUGCAAUCUUCUCCCAGGCCCAAAGGGGGUCUACUACUCCCCCAGCUCCUCGCUACACUAAACCCUUGGAGAAUUAGCAGCAGUCCUGGAGGAAUGUACCCCUGAUCACACAAGCCACAGCUACAGCUCCAUUACUGCUUUGCAGGUCAAAAUGAUGGGCUCCUAUCAUCUCUAUUACUCCUGUGUCUUCCUUGCUGCUGUCUUUUUAAUUUUUUUUUUUUUUGGUGGGCUGCUCUGCCCUCUCUCCCUAGUCAUGCAUAAUGAAUCUGGGACAGCCUCCUCCUUUGGUUCCUCUCCCUCUGCUUCUGUCCUGCACAGCGGUGUGUUAAAAAGCUUUCCCCUCCUGGCCAAUGCUGGCUGCUCUGCCCCCACAGCAUGGCGAAGGAAGGAACAGAGCCGAACUCUUUCAUCUGUCAGUGCGGUGUCGGAUAGCCUGAUAGAGUGUGUGUGUGUCAUUAGCAGGGGUCAGGCUAACAGCAUGCUGUGGUACAGGAAAGGCUCCGAAACUCAGAAACCUCCCGCAGCGGGCCGUCCCACCCCGAGCACUUAACUUAAUUAAACGCGCUGUGUGGAGCUGCAGAGCCAGCGAGAGCCAGUGGCAUUGUGGCUAACUUUUUAAUAUUGGUGAGUUCCAUUUAGCCUCAUCAUAGCAGACAUGAUUAACAUGAGUGGGUGAGUGUGCGGAUGUGUGUGUGUGUGUGUGUGUUUUGGGUGGGGGGGCAUGUCCUCAUCAUUCUCCAAUGAAAAAAAAACAGAAACAAGACAUCACUCUGGUCUCUGCCCUACAAAACCCUGCAUAGCCCAUUCAGUCCUUUUCAGAUGAUUCUUUUCUUUUCUUCCACUCUGUUGUUUUAGAAAGAAACUUCUAUUUUGUAGGGUGAUGGGUAAGUAGUGUAUAGCUUGUACUGAUUUAUCAACUAAGUACUUACUUAAUAGACCCUGUAAAAAGAGCAAAAUGGAAAGGAGCUGUACUUUUUUGUAUGUCUUUAUCUCUCAGCUCUGGUGCUCUGUCAGAGCAGGCAUGUGCGUGUGCAGCCCUGGCGUGGAGCGUGGACGGGACUAACUUAACCUUUUCUUCCUCUUGUAUGGGCAUUCCCUGUAGCACAUACCUGUUUUAUGUCUAGUGUUACAGGCAAAGACUGCUUUACUUGUUGUGACUGAAUAUACACUAAUAAAUGAAUUUAUUGUGAAAGUACGAAAUACUUAAGAAAUAUCCAGAGGAAUGGAGAAACUCUGUGUUAUGACGUUAUGGAAUGUUAAUAAAUUUUAGUGGUUCUAAUUAUCUGCAUUAAGACGAGUAUAGUACACUUCAGAAGUGUAAAGCUGGAGUCAACUGCUAUUUUAAUUCUAUUGACAGUUCUCCCAUUUGUACAGGGAGAUAUGCCAAGUUAAGCUUUCUUUUUAUUUCUUUUGUAACCUGCAGUGACACUGAUAACGUAGCUAUGAGGCUGAGACAUGCAUUUGAAAGGUAACAGAAAGUAGUCGGUACUUCUGGCCUAUGGAAGGGACAUAGUCAUUCCAUGUAGUUUUACAUGUCUUUGGAACCUUGCUUUAGAAAUCAGCAUUUGAAAGGUCACCUUAUAAGCCAAACUAGUUAAGUAGUGUUUGGCCAUAAAAGCUACUAAAUGAAAUCAAAAUAACUUUAUGAACAAUUUAUGAGCAUUUUGCACAUGAAGGACUAGUUUAUGCUCUAAGCAUAUGGUUAUACAUACAAAUAAAUAAUUAUUGACAUAUUGUAACCGAGAUUGAUCACAUAGUAGUUUGAUUAUCUAACACAUUCUUAAUCUUAUUGUGAUAUGUAUUAUUUUUGCAUUGAAAAAGAAAUGAUCAGUGGUUGAUUUAAAAUGGUAGAUUCCUUUUUUCCACUUCAUUCACUUUAUUUAACUUUGUCUCAACCAAAGAUUGGCACUAACACAAAGAUACCCCGUGUUACUAUUUUUUUAAUCUGUCUUAUCAUCUAAAGGAUGUUUCAGAAUGUAGCAGUGGUGGCGCACGAGUAUGCUAUGCAACAAAACGCACUCUCCUGAACCAGCAAAGAGUCAUACUGGGAAAACCCAAGUUUUUUUUUUUUGUUUGUUUGUUUGUUUUUUACAUGUACCUAAUUUUCCUUUUGACUGAGGAAGAAAGUAAUUCCUUGCUAAAUUGUCAAAUAUGUACAUAUUAAUGUCUGUACAAAUAACAGCCUUUGAAUGCUAGCUGUAGCCAGAGAGAGAUGGAUUUCUUGAAGAUGAAACUGCAUUUCAGUGGUUUUCCUGUUUGGGACUCAUUUGUAAAUGCUUGGGGCCGAGGAACUUGUAUUUUUGCAAUAAAGUUAUUACCAAUGCACUCCAGCAGGGGCGCUGCACAACCGCCUA